AUGGCCUCUGGGGCCGAGAGGAAGCCAGGGGCCCCAGAGGGGACAGUCGCAGGGCUGGUCCAGGUUGUGGAGGCACCAGUUAAUCAUGCUCAGAGCCCUGAGUGCUCAAUGAUGGGAGACCAGUGCCCAGUGCCAGCUUAUGAGGCCUGCAGUACCCAGGGUGAAGACGUGUGUCCAAGAGGACACUGCAGAGAGCCAGAGCUCCAGGAGGAGGGGAUCAAGCUGGAGGAAGAAGUGCUUGAGGCAGAGGCAGGAGAUGGGAGAGGCCCCAGGCUUGGGGCCUCCAUCGUGGGGCCCAGUCAUGGACUGAAGAGGAAACCGAUCAAGGGAAUGAGCCUCCCAGGACCUAGCUACCAUGCCCAUCCUAGGACUGAAGCUGAGCUGCCACCAGGGAUGCUGCUGCAGAGAGAGGAGCUGGAGGGCUGUCAGAAUGAACCCUCACCAUCUGCCAAACAGCACAAAAAAGCCAAGAAACGCAAAAGUCUGGGGGCUCCCAUGAUUCCAGCUAUAGCCAGCACUGUGUCUGCACCCCCAGAGACCCUGGGGCUGGAGCGAAAAGCUCAGCGCCUCCGGCCAUUGUACCAGUAUAUCAACUAUUGCAACCCUGAGCUGAACCAGGCAGGGGAGGAAGACAGGGAGGCUGAGGUAGAGCCUGAGUCAGAGUUGGCCCUGGUUCCUGAGGAGGCAGGUGUGGAGCAGCUGCAGGCCUUGCUCCCUGUGGCAGGUGAGCUGGGCUUAGGUCUCCCUUUGCCCUAUUCCAAUGUGUUAGUUUCCCCCACUCAUGCCUUGGCUCCCCUGGGAGAGGAGGCUGGAGUGGAGCUUGGGGUUUUGCCCAGCUUGGGGAUGAGUGGUCACCUCAAGGCAGAGGUGGAUAAGUCAACCCAGGUGGAUAUCGACAAGAUGCUGAGUGUCUGCACUGCUCCCCUUGUGCCCCCACUCUCCCCUCAGUACAAGUGACUUCACCCACUGGGUGUUCCCAUUCUCCAGGCCUGACCCAGGGCUGUAGCCUGAGGGCUAGAUGGAGGGGGGAAUUUGGCCCCUGCUCCCAUUUGAGAACUUGGAAAAAUAAACAUUUUUCCUUUUCUAAGACCAAUUCCCCAAAUAUGAUGCUUGAAUUAGGGAAAGAAAGAGGCUGUGAAGAAGGGUGAAGGACUCACCUGUGCAGUUUGAAGUUGGGCCAGUCAUCUGGAUUACCAGGGGCCAUGUCAUCUGACAAAUGAGAUUCCUGGGUACCAUCCUAGGCCUGAACAAGAAGUGGGUUUGGACAGGCAAAGGGCCCAGUUCUGUGUAUUUAAGUCUCCCCAGGUGAAUCAGGGUCAGGUAGGCUAAUGGUGGGGAAUGAAGAGGGAGUGGGGAAGGAACCUGAGGCAGAGAAAAGGU